CUGUGACCAAACUCAUCUCCAGCUCAGAUAUCUGUUCCUGUACUCAGGUGUAUUUUUCAGUUACUUGAUCCUCCGCUGGUUUCUGCACAUUUCACCUGUAGAAGUGUUCAGUACUUUAACGUGGGGGACACCCACAGACCGGCCCGUGUUUAAAGUCUUCUAGAUCCGCCACUGGUCCCAGUUUGGGUCCAGUCUAAGCGUGGCCGUUCACUGCGCAUGCGCAAAGACCGGUGUCCGGUGUCGGACUGACAGCAGCUGUUGAGACCAUGAACGGUAGGACCGAGGCAGCAGAGAAAACACACCCAGAAUAAAAGAGUGGACCCGGUACUGAGCCGGCAGUGAUCCGGUACUACUGAAGGGUACAGAUCCGGUGCUGACCCGGGACUGACCGGGCCGGUCUGCAGGAAGAUCCGCCGAUCUGCAGCUGGAGCUAACGGAGCUAACGGAGCUAAGUGACGGCAGACCGUCAGCUGUUUUCUGACUAACGGACAGGCCACGUUCAGCACGCGUCACCGCACUGAGCCGUUCUGACCCGGGUUAAUUCGUCCGGUCGGACUGUCUGCGGGUCUCAGCGCCGGUUGGUGGGGACGUCCAGCCGCUUCACGGAGGCUAACUACCUGUCAGAGAACCGUCAGCCCGGCCGGGACACAGCGCUCCGACCCGGUUCGGUUUGAGGACCGGGAGCCAGGAUGCUGAUAGCAGCAGUCGGUGCAGGAACUGGAAAUGCUGCCACCACCGGCAAGAAACACCGGCGGAGAGGCAAAAAACACCGGAGAGUCCGAACAGACGAGAAUCGGCCUGAUGACUUCUGUAAUCUUCAGAGUCCAGAUACCAACAGCAGCCUUGACCCGACACCCCAGCAGAGUCACUCCCAACCUGCCCAGCCCCGCCCCCAAAGUGCUCCAGAUACAACCACAUCACCACAGAACACGCCAACAUGUACUGAAGAUCUCCAUGAGCCCAUCACAGCGCCCCCACAGACCCCCCCACCCACCGCCGCCACCCCGCCGCCUCCCCAACCUGUCUCACCACCUCCCCAGACACCCCCUCCCCCUCUGGAUCCAACAGACACACCUGUAGCACACCUGGAACCUCCUGCGAGUCUAAACACCUCCCUGACAUCCCCAGUGACGCCUGAGAUAUUCAGCCAAUCCCCUCCUGCCACGUCUCAAAGUCCUGAGCACAGUCCUAGCCACUCACCGCCCCCUGUCAACCAAAAUAUUACCCAGAAUUCCUCCAGAUCACCUCACAGAACUCAGAGUCCGCCUGAUGGCCGAACAGAUGCUUUCAAAUUGCCUCCAGCGUCACCACACAUUAUUACCCACAAUGCCUCAGAAUCACCAUCAGUUUCUGCCCAGCAGCCUACCAAAGCUCCUCCCACACCUCCAUUAAGCCCCUCCCACCCUGACCCCUUCCUGCUGAACUCAGUGACCUUCACCUCCAGCGUCUCCUCCCACCUCUACUCCCCCAGCUCCUCGUCCACCUCCUUCCUCCGUUCCUUUGACACCCUCGGCCCCCACACCGGUCUGCCUCCCAUGAUGUCAUCAGCCACCCCACAUAUGACCACACCCCCUUUGACUCUAAGUCCACCCCCUCCUGAGUUAACUCCACCUCCUGUCCAGCUGCUGGGCUCUGACGAUGAGGAGCAGGAAGACCCGUCAGAUUACUGCAAAGGUGGUUACUACCCCGUGAAGAUCGGUGAUCUGUUUAACGGGAGGUACCACGUGGUCAGGAAACUGGGCUGGGGACAUUUUUCUACAGUGUGGCUCUGCUGGGACCUGCAGAAGAAGCGCUUUGUGGCGUUGAAGGUGGUGAAGAGCGCUCCACAUUACACUGAGACGGCUCUGGACGAGAUCAAACUGCUGAGAUGUGUGAGAGACAGUGACCCCUCUGACCCCUACAGAGAAACCAUCGUCCAGCUGAUUGAUGACUUCAAGAUAUCAGGAGUCAACGGAGUGCAUGUCUGUAUGGUUCUGGAAGUUUUGGGUCAUCAGCUGUUAAAAUGGAUCAUUAAGUCGAACUACAUGGGACUUCCUCUGGUGUGUGUCAAGACCAUCAUCAGACAGGUGCUGCAGGGGCUGGACUACCUCCACACCAAGUGUAAGAUCAUCCACACCGACAUCAAACCAGAGAACAUCUUGUUGGACGUAGAUGAGGUUUACAUCAGGAGACUGGCAGCUGAGGCAACCUUCUGGCAGAGAGCUGGAGCCCCGCCCCCUUCUGGGUCAUCAGUUAGCAUGGCUCCCAGGGAUCUACAGGUCGGUAAGCUGUCUAAGAACAAGAAGAAGAAGUUGAAGAGGAAAGCCAAGCGUCAGCAGAGACUGUUGGAGGAGAGACUGGUGGAUAUACAGAGGAUGGAGGAGGAGGACGGUGUGAUCCAACCUGACGACACUGACAGCAACUGCUCUCUGGUUGUCAACGGCAACACUUCCUGCUCCACAGCCAACAGCAAAGCAAGCCCAGAGUCCACCUGCUCCUGGUUGGAGGACAGGUGUAAUGGCCACGCCCCUGGACGGUUCUCCAGCCCCGCCUCAGGCCUAUCAGGCUUCUCAGGCUCUGUGAUGUCAGCGACAUCCGAGUCAGCACUUUCUACUCAGUCAGGAUACUCGAGUGGAAGAGACGUGUUCAGUGCGUCAGAUUUUAUCCUCAGUCCUCUGGAUCCUCAGAAUGCCCACAAACUCAGAGUGAAGAUCGCUGACCUGGGAAAUGCAUGCUGGGUGCACAAACACUUCACAGAGGACAUUCAGACCCGACAGUACCGAGCUCUGGAGGUUCUGAUUGGAGCAGAGUAUGGGCCGCCUGCUGACAUCUGGAGCACCGCCUGCAUGGCGUUCGAGUUGGCGACAGGAGAUUAUCUGUUUGAACCUCAUUCAGGAGAAGACUACACCAGAGACGAAGAUCACAUCGCUCACGUCAUCGAGCUGCUCGGACCGAUUCCUCUGCCCUUUGCUUUGUCUGGAAGGUACUCGAGAGAGUACUUCAACAGGAGAGGUGAGCUGCGUCACAUCUCCAGCCUGAAGCCGUGGGGUCUGUUCGAGGUGCUGUUGGAGAAGUACGAGUGGCCGCUGGAUCAGGCGGCUCAGUUCAGUGACUUCCUGUUGACCAUGUUGGAGCUGCAGCCUGACCGCAGAGCGACGGCAGCGCAGUGUCUGCAGCACGCAUGGCUGCACACAUAA